GAGAAAGGCGCGCGUAUCCACUGAGCUGAGUGUUUGUUAGUGAGGUUUUUCCAAAUGGAUGGUAUGAAAACAGGCAUGGAGGCGACGGCUGAAGAGAACCAGGAUGAAAGAGAAGAGAGUAAAGGUUGUUUGGACUGCUGCAUCAAAUGUCUGGGUGGUGUGCCAUAUGCAUCGCUGGUGGCCACCAUCCUGUGCUUUUCUGGUGUGGCUCUGUUCUGUGGAUGUGGGCACGUGGCACUGACGAGCACCGUGAACAUGCUGGAGAACCACUUCUCUCUAAUCAAAUCUGACCACGCCACCCUUGUUGAUGUUGUUCAGAUUCUGCAGUACAUCAUCUACGGCAUUGCUGCUUUCUUCUUCUUGUAUGGCAUCAUUCUGCUGGCUGAGGGCUUUUACACAACCAGUGCUGUCAAAGAGAUGCACAGCGAGUUCAAGACCACUGUGUGUGGCCGCUGCAUCAGUGCCAUGUUUGUGUUCCUGACCUACAUCCUGGGUCUGGCUUGGCUGGGCGUCUUUGGCUUCUCGGCAGUGCCAGUCUUCCUCUUCUAUAACAUGUGGAACACCUGUGCUGCCAUUAAGUCUCCCAUCGCCAACCUCACCUCUGUGGAAAACAUCUGUGUGGACGUCAGACAGUAUGGUGUCAUUCCCUGGAAUGCAGAUCCCGGCAAAGCAUGUGGACAGAACUUGGCUGACAUCUGUAACACCAGCGAGUUCUAUUUGUCCUACCAUCUCUACAUUGUUGCAUUUGCUGGAGCUGGAGCCACUGUGAUUGCACUGCUCAUCUACAUGAUGGCCACCACAUAUAACUAUGCUGUGCUGAAGUUUAAGAGCCACGACCACAGCCACACCACUAAGUUCUAAAAUGUGGGCUUUAAUUCUUGAGCACAAAGUGUGGACAGUAUUCUGACAGAAAGAGGGGAUAUUGUGGGUCAAAAUUUGCUAAAAGGAGAUCAAAUUCAGAAGGAGUAAUACUGACCAUACAAUAGCUUACUGAGUAUUAUUUUGGUCAUUAGCAUCAUGUAGAGCAGCAAAUUGUGUCUUGUUUCUUGUUUGACCUCUAGAGAAGAAUGUUCAUUUAAUUGAUUGACCACCUCAUUGACCAGUUGGUUUGAGGCUCAAUUACAUCGUAUAAGACCUGUCAUAUUAACUUUAACAUAAUCUACAAGAAAAAUCUUCAAAUUGUGUGUCUGAUAGAAUUUAUUGAGUAGGUUCAAAAGCAGACGACUAGUCACAGACGCAGGAUUAGUAUUAAGGGACACAUUAUGUCUUUAACAUUGUACAGCAAAUGCCCUGAGGCACCAGAAGUCAAAUCCAAGUUGUUAGUCAGAAAGAAACUGCAGGUCAAGUGUUGUAACCUGGGAAUAUUUUUCCACUGCACAAAGUAUCAGAACUUUUGGUAAGUUUUUUAGUUCCAGCACCAAGAGGCCCUAAUAGUACAUAAUGUGGCUAGUGGCACUGUUCUAUUCUAAGUCUGAGGCAUAUCAUACAACAAAUUACUCAUUUCAAAAAAGUAUUUUGUCCAAAAGCCUUUUUUGGUAGUAAAUACAGUUACAAGGCCAAUACAACUGAUAAUUAGGAUAAGGAGUAACAGAUUAAGUGUACAGUAGUCAGUGCUUGGUUAAAAAGUAAACCUAAAUCCACUUAAGUCCUUUUUAAAUUAGAUUAGACCCCAACUUCUGCAACUAUUUAGAAAAAAAAAAACCUAUGUAUGUAAUUAAUGAAAUAAUUAUUUAUGUCCUAUGUUUAAUUAUUCUAACAAUUUAAAUGCCAUUAUAUGUAAUAAUUAUGUAGUUUAUUGCAUUGCAUGAGCACCACACAUAAUUCAUCAUAAGUAAAAACCCUUUAUAACUGAAGUACCAGUGUUUGCAUACUGUGUGGAAAAAACAUAAAACUAAAAAUAGUAGUAAUUAAGGUCUUUUUCCCAAAUAAUUGGUGCCCUGUGUGGGUACUGUAGCUCUGAGGAUAGUGGGGACUGAGGCAUUUUGCCUACCUGUAUGUGCAGUGGAAAAGUGUAUCAGGGAGUCCAGUAGAACAUUACAGUGAAUCCAAGGAGAAUGGAAAUGUCCAGGUUUGCUCCCAGUUGAACUUUUUAAUCAACCUUUUAGCAGUUGUACCUGUGAAGGGCAUAUAUUGUAUGUUAACAGAUUCUAAGAGUAUUUUAGGCUUGCAGAGCUGAAAUGACUAAACUGUAAAUUACUUAUUGGCCUUGUUUGAGAUCUUGUCCAUUGUGAAGUUCAUAUGUAGAAUUGCUUCUAGAUUAGGAAAGGCUUUUUUUCUAAGUCAAAAAGGAAAAAAAUAAAUUUUUAAUACACAGAA